CUCGCGAUGGGAUUGGUUUGAAGCACAGUGAAGAGGCGGGGCAAGAAUGCUUGGGCUGAAGCACUAAAGUGGUAGGGAGGGGAGGGCUGCUGCUAAGGUUCGGGGUCCGCUGGACAGGAGUGGAGCAUAGGUGCAGAGCCGGGGCAGCAGGCAUGGCUUCAGAAGUGGAGCCGGGUGCCCUGGCCAAAGUGGUCCAGGUGUUGAUCCUGUCCGGUGCCUGGGGCAUGCAGGUGUGGGUUACCUUCAUCUCAGGAUUUGUGUUGUUCCGGGGGCUGCCUCGACACACCUUCGGACUGGUCCAGAGCAAACUCUUCCCCUUCUACUUCCACGUCUCCCUGGCCUGUGCCGCCAUCAGCUUGGGCAUCUUCGUGUUCCAUCACCCAUUGGCGAAGCUCAGCUUUACCCUGGCAGAAGCUGGUCAGCUGAGCCUCCUGGCUUUAAGCCUGGCUCUGUCGGCCCUAAAUGCUCGGUGGCUAGAGCCCAGGACUACAGCUGCUAUGUGGGCCCUGCAAGCAAUGGAGAAGGAGCGGGGUCUAGGCGGGGAGCCCCCAGGACCUCCCCAGGGCCAGGGCCAAGACCCCUACCGUCGGCUUCGGGAGCAGGAUCCCAAGUACCGGGCCCUUCGGCAGACUUUCUUCCACUAUCACGGAAUCUCCUCCCUCUGCAACUUGGGGAAUCUGCUUAGCAAUGGCAUCUGUCUUGCCUUUCUGGCACUGCACCUCCAAAGCCUGUAGGAAGCACUGCCCCUCUUCUCACAGCUCAGAGGAGGGCUUCUAUCUCCUUCCCCUGGGCCCAGAUCUUACCCAUGCAAGCCUGGUUCACUUGGACUCUGUUCAUCCGACCCUGUGGGUCAAGCAGCCAAGAGAUGGAGGGGAGCCUGCCUCCUUUCCUAUCCUCUGCCCCUCCAGGGCUGUGGGGUCUAAUUGCUGUCUUGCUGCUAUUUGCCCUUUCUGAUUCAGGGCACUUUUUAUAGCUCCUCACCCUUCCCAAGGCCAUUUCAGGUAUUGGAUGUGGCUUUACCUGGGCCAGAGCUGGGAGACUUUCUGCCACUGUGAUUCUCUAUCAUGUAUUUCCUAUUAAAAAAGGGUUUCUCACAA